AUGAUGGCUGCGGAGGUCGGCAGCGAGGAGACGGGAUCAGUGUCAACAGGGACAGGGGUGGCAGGCAGCGGAGGGCCCGACACGGCCCAUUUCCCGUACUACUCUAAGUCCACCAGAGUGCGAGUCACUGAUCUGGGACCAGUAGUGGAGCCAGCCAUGCGCCAGAAUUCCAACACCUCUCCAGACUCUCCUCCCGAUAUGAGCAUAAUAUAUCCCGUUUCAAGGGGAGAAAUGUCCGCAACAGGGAGUGGUGGGCAUUCAAUUAUUCUUGGAACAAGCUCAGGAACCGUGGGCGGCAUGUGUUCUCCCACUUCGGAUGACCCAAGUUGCCGGAUGUCACCCACAUCUUCAUGCCCGGAUGGGCCGAAUCUCUUUCCCCCACUGCCACCCCCUCCUCCACCUCCUCCAGGCUGCGGGGUACUGGGAACGGUGGAUGAGAGUGACAUGCAAGAUGGACCAGAAUACGAGGAAGAGGAGGUGGUGUUCCCCCUGUCAGCGCCACCCACGAACCAGUGGUACCAUGGCAAGCUGGAUCGGACCAUCGCAGAGGAGCGGCUGCGCCAGGCCAAGACGCCCGGCAGCUACCUCAUCAGGGAGAGCGACCGCCGGCCCGGCUCCUUCGUCUUGUCCUUCCUCAGCAUGACGGGCGUGGUCAACCAUUUCAGGAUUAUUGCCAUGUGUGGGGACUACUACAUUGGAGGCCGGAGGUUCUCCUCCCUGUCUGACCUGAUUGGCUACUACAGCUAUGUGUCCUGUCUGCUGAAGGAGGAGAAGCUGCUGUCCCCAGUGGCGCCCCCAGAGCCUGUAGAAGACAGGCGACGAGUGAGGGCUAUUCUUCCAUACACCAAAGUGCCAGAUACAGAUGAAAUCAGCUUCCUGAAAGGGGACAUGUUUAUCGUUCACAAUGAAUUGGACGACGGCUGGCUGUGGGUGACCAACGUCCGGACUGAGGAGCAGGGCCUCAUCGUGGAAGACCUGGUGGAGGAGGUGGGCCGUGAAGAGGAUCCACAUGAGGGCAAAGUCUGGUAUCACGGCAAGAUCAGCAAGCAGGAGGCCUACAACCUGCUGAUGACAGUGGGCCAGGUGUGCAGUUUCCUCGUCCGGCCCUCUGAUAACACGCCGGGUGACUACUCCCUGUUUUUUCGCACCAAUGAAAACAUCCAAAGGUUUAAAAUCUCCCCUACCCCCAACAAUCAGUACAUGAUGGGGGGUAGGUACUACUACAGUGUUGACGACAUCGUUGACCAUUACAAGAAAGAGCAGAUUGUUGAAGGCUACAACCUGAAUGAGGCGGUUUCAGUUCAGCAUCAAGAACAAGUCCUCUCUGACAUCGUGGACGGAAAGGAAAUCUACAACACCAUCAAACGGAAGACGAAAGACGCCUUCUACAAGAACAUAGUCAAAAAAGGCUACCUCCUAUUCAACAAAGGUAAAGGCAAGCGGUGGAAGAACCUUUACUUCAUCCUGGAGGGGAACGACGCGCAGCUCAUCUACUUUGAGAGUGAGAAGAGAGCCACCAAACCCAAAGGGCUAAUCGACCUCAGCGUGUGCUCUGUUUACGGAGUGCAUGACAGUCUGUUUGGCAGGCCAAAUUGUUUCCAGGUUGUGGUCCAGCACUUUAGCGAGGAGCAGUACAUAUUUUACUUUGCAGGGGAAGCUCCAGAGCACGCACAGGACUGGAUGAAAUGCCUUCAAACCUUCUGCAGUAACCUAAGGAAACCCACACAGCAGACGAUCAACAAGAGACUGAGACAGGUGAGCAGUCUGGUCCUGUACGUGGAGGAGGCCCACAAGCUGCCCGUGAAGCACUUCAACCAGCCCUACUGUAACAUCUACCUGAACAGCGUGCAGGUGGCCAAGACACACCCCAGGGAGGGUCAGAACCCUGUCUUCACGGAGGAGUUCAUCUUCGAUGACUUGUCGUGCGAAAUCAACCGAUUCGAAAUCAGCCUGAGCAACAAGACAAAAAAGAGCAAAGAAAGUGACAUUUUGUUCAUGCGCUGCCAGCUGAACCGCCUGCAGAAGGGCCAGAUGAUCGACGAGUGGUUCCCGCUCAGCUCCCACGUCCCCCUGAAGGGCAUCGAGCCGGGGUCGCUGCGUGUCCGCGCCCGCUACUCCAUGGAGAAGAUCAUGCCAGAGGAGGAGUACAGCGAGUUCAAAGAGAUGAUACUCCACAAGGAGUUUCAUGUUAUCUACGACCUGGCCCAUGUGUGCGGCCAAGACCGCACCCUGCUGGCCAGCCUGCUGCUCCGGAUCUUCAGGCACGAGAAGACAGAGGCCCCCCUACUGAGGACACUCAACGACAGGGAGAUCAAUAUGGAGGACGAGGCGACCACGCUGUUCAGAGCGACCACGCUGGCCAGCACGCUGAUGGAGCAGUACAUGAAGGCCACCGCCACGCCCUUUGUCCACCACGCCCUCAAAGAAGCCAUCCUCAAGAUCAUGGAGAGCAAGCAGUCCUGCGAGCUAAACCCUUCCAAGUUGGACAAGAACGACGAUGUGAACCUGAACUUGGCGCACCUCCUCAACAUCCUAUCUGAACUGGUGGAGAAGAUCUUCAUGGCCGCCGAGAUCCUGCCACCGACACUGCGGUACAUCUAUGGCUGCCUGCAGCAGUCAGUACAGCAGAAAUGGCCGGCCAACACCACCAUGAGGACCAGGGUCGUCAGUGGCUUUGUGUUCCUACGGCUGAUCUGCCCUGCCAUCCUCAACCCCAGAAUGUUCAACAUCAUUGCUGACCCUCCGUCCUCAAUAGCCGGCAGGACGCUGACUCUGGUGGCCAAGUCGGUCCAGAACCUGGCCAACCUGGUGGAGUUUGGUGCCAAGGAGCCCUACAUGGAAGGAGUGAACCCCUUCAUUAAGAACAACAAACAUAGGAUGAUCAUGUUUCUGGACGAAUUGGGGAACGUUCCAGACCUCCCCGAGACGACUGAGCACUUUAGGACAGACCUGUCCCGAGACCUAGCGGCACUGCACGAGCUCUGCGCUGCCCACUCAGACGGACUGCGCAUCCGGAGUACCCAGCGGGCAGCUCAGCAGCACGUGUUGAAAAAGCUGCUGGCCAUCACAGAGCUCCUGCAGCAGAGGCAGGAUCACUAUGCCAUGUCCAAUAGCAACAGGACGGAGUGUACCAUUAUGUCACUGGCCGCUGCCAUCCAGGUAAUGUGAAUUAGCAAGUGCCACCAGAGAGGGAGAGACAAAGACAAUGCUCGGAACGACUGGCCAGUCAGCUACACAUUCUGGUUCGGCGUGAAGGGACAGAAGAUCUAAACUGAAUAUGAUUUUGCUAAGCAUGUAGCCAUGUGCAAAGCCCUUAUUGGCCGUUUUAAAUGCAACACUGCUGCAGGAACUCACUUUCUCUGGGGAUGACGCCUGCAAAUUUUGAAAACCUUCCAAAGCCUAUCCGCGACAAGUUUACUUCAGAUACUUUCGUGUUUGUGUAUGGGGGCUGGGGGGGGGGGGGGGGACUACGGUGAAGCUUCUGAAAGGAGAUGUGGAUCUCUGAAGAUGGACCCGAGAUACAUUUUGAAUCAUUCACUGUAGAGGCCUCCCCAGAAGUUCUCCUGAACAGUUUAUAUCUCCCGCUUCUUUAUUUUACCUUCGGCUACAUGGACACAGCCGUUAUUUCACCUUAACAAUGCAGUACGACACAGAAGGCAAGUAUGUAGGUGACCUGGAAAACCAUGGUUUGGGACUUUGACGAGGAAACCGAGUCGGGACAGAGAGGCGAUCCAAAGCAUUAAAAAGUAGCACUGUCUGCCAUCAUCAGGGAAUUCUAACUUAGAACCUCUCUCUCUGACAAACAAAACAAGCCUUAACUCCCUUAACCUUUCUGCACAGCAACCUCUAACCCUCCUACGCGGGACUUCACCACACAAGCUCAAGUAUUCGUCCAUGUGUUGGGGGAAACAUGCUAAGCCGGAACCCAACAUCAUUUUAUAUGCCGCUUUUCGCUUGUUAGUAUUAUCCACAUAGGCUUGUGCUGAGGGGGUUUGUGUAAAGGUAGCUGAAAUGGGUUGAACCAUAACGAAGUUGUAUGACGUGCUAACAAAUGAUGUGUGUAGAGGAUAUCUAAGCUGUCCUGUGCAUGUGAUUAAUAACCAUAGAUGAAGACUUGUUAAAAGUGUAUGGGCCUACAUAUAUGCUGCUCUUUAGAAACUUCACUAAAAGCUUCCGCUAAGACCGGAGAGAAAACAAAACUGCUUUCAUGUGUUUACAGUCACAACCAUAACCAUAUGGUUAAUGCGUGCGGGACUUCUCUGCGUUGAAACCUGUGACUGUACGCAACUGUUAUGACUGCCGCCAGGGAUCCGUCCCUCACAGCUAGUAAUCCCUUUGAAUCUGUGCCUGCCAGAACAAGAGUUUACCAAACUGUUUACCGUUGAUGCACUAUCGCUACCACAGACCUCGACCGGGUGUCAAGGAGGAUGACCGGGGGAGGGGGCGACGGGGAGAUUGAGCCUAAGUCAAAGUCUCCUCCUCCCAGUACCCCGCGAUAAGCAGCAUAGUCUUGGUUGUUGUAGGGUAGGGGUGUGCGAUGUGCUGUUGUAUUUCCUUAUUGUAUUUCAUAUUAGCCAAUGAUGUGUUCCUUUUUUUAUUUUUCUACCUGAUACCGAACCUCAAUCUUUUGCAUCUUAGAUACAACCUGGCUGAAUAAAAAACGUUAGUACGUAGAACUGUGUGAACUGUGUGAAUCGUUGUGCUUUUAUCCCCUUUUUUACUAACAUCUUGCAACUGUG